AUGGCCAGGCUCGUGUCGGACACCUACCUGGCGAAACUCCUGGAAGGGCUCAGCAGCCUUCGCUCGCAGAGCGCACUGUGCGACGUGACACUGGAGGCGGAAGGGGUCUGCUUUCCAGCCCACAAGAUCAUUUUAGCCUCAGCAAGUAACUACUGCAAGAUCCUGUUUGUUGGAAAUUUGGCAAGAGCGGGGAGCCGGGAUGGUAAUGUCCGGCUGAAAGCCGUCAGCGCUGCCGGGCUGAGGAAUGUUCUCAACUUCAUUUACUCCAACAAACUAGACCUCUCAUUACAGAAUAUUGAGGAGACCUUCAAAGCCGCAGAAACCCUCCUGGUUCGGGAGGUGAUCAAGCUGUGCUUUUGCUUUCUGGAGGGUUGCUUGAACUGUGAGAACUGCAUGGAUGUUCUUAACAUUGCUAAAAAACUCGGCCCAGCAGAGUUGAGACAGAAAGCCAUGCGCUACGUAGGGCAGCACUGCCAACAGAUCCUGGCUGAUCCUCGGCGCUUGAAAGACCUGGACCGAGGAACCCUUUGUGAAAUUUUAGACAGGACCGACAGUGAGGGAUACAGCGAGCUGGAGCUGCUCAGGGCCGCCGUCAGCUGGCUGCAGCACGACCACGCGCGGCUGAAAGAUGCAGCAGAUAUUUUAAGGCGCAUAAGAUUCCCUCUCAUUCCUUUACAGGAUCUGCACAGAUACGUCCAAGAAAUGCCUCUUAUGAGGCUGGAUUCAGGCUGCCACAGAUACCUGCAGGAGGCUCUGAAUUACCACUCCCAGCCGUACGCGCAGCCAGUCCUGCAGACCCAGAGCACGAGCCUCCGCUCCGGUUCCGCCGUGCUGCUCGUCACUGGUGGCAGAACCACCAACAACUGCGUCUCCAGAGAGAUGUGGGCUGCGGACCAGAGCUGCAGCACCUGGCACAAGGUCGGCAACCUCUGCGUGCCCGUGUACAACCACUGCGUCGCCAUCAUCAAUGACUUCCUCUUUGUCAUCGGGGGACAGUGCAAAUUUGAUCCCACAGGAAAGCAGCCAUCAAAUGAGGUUUUCCGAUUUGAUCCCCGCAACGCUUCCUGGCUCCAGGUCGCCAGCAUGCUGGAGAGGCGGACACGCUUCCACGCGGAUGUGCUGUCUGAUCGCAUCCUUGCCGUGGGUGGCGGGACGCUGCUGGGGGCCCUGACCUGCACGGUGGAAUCGUACCAGCCUGCCGACAACAAGUGGGAGUUCACGGCUCCGUUCCCCACACCUAUUGCUGACCACGCAGGCACAACCCACAAGGGAAUCCUCUACGUUUCAGGGGGCUUCUCAGGGGGUAAAACCUUACGAGACACUUACAGCUACCUCCCUCGCCUCCGACGCUGGAUUGGCAACAGUGCCAUGGCUUUUACCCGCUGUGAUCACGGGAUGGCUACAGUCAGGGACAGGAUCUUUUGCAUUGGAGGAAGGACACUAAAAGGAGCAGAGGAAUGGAUUCACGUCAGUGAGACGGAGUGUUAUUGUCCUGGAAGCAACCAGUGGACAACGCUAACGCUAUCCCCGUUCAGCUGCUGCCAGUUCAGCGUCACAGCCCACCACACUACGCUCUACCUCACAGGAGGUGCGUCACUGCAGCACAUGCAGAAAGAAGACAGUGUUUUCCUGUAUGACACAGAGGGCCGGGCAUGGAAGAAAGCCAGUCCCCUGCCUAAAGCUCUGGUGGAUCAUGCCUCUUGCAUGAUUAAACUGUCCCAAGUGAACGUAGCUGGUGAGACGAGGAGAGGCAUAAAGUGCUCCCCCACAGGCAGAAGGAAGAAAUCUACUCUCAGCUUGUUCAUCACAAAGAAACAAGAGUCCCACUUUGCCUCAGAAAAGAAGUAGGAUGUGAAUAAGUCAAGCAGAUCUGACAGUGUUUGCCCACAGUGUAGUAUUUUAACAACUCUUCCAGUUGCCAGCCGAACAUCUCUAGCAGUGAUAUGGAAUUGGUACAUUUUUGACUUGGUGUUAUUAUGGUGACAUGCAUAAUCUGCAAAAAAAGAAUUAGUUCCCAAUCCUACUAAGCUACAUCAAACCCAUAAGAAUUCCUUAAAUCAAUUUUUUGUCAUUAAGAACCUGUUUUUCUGAAUAAUGACCAAUGUAGAACUUAUUUUCCAUGAGCAACUUCAGAGAUUUUAUGAGGAAGUCUUCAAAAGAGCUUUGAAUUCCAUCUCUAGUAAUUUCCUUACGAACACUGCUGGCUCACAAAUUAAGUACUGACAGAGACACAUAUACGCAAUGUAUUUAAAACUGUCUUGACACUGGAUUAAGACCAUAGGGCACUGCGAUGACAACCUUGUCCUCAACAAGCAGACCAGAAAACUUUCUUCAGUGAACAUGCAUUGAACCCGUGACUGCUUGAGCCAGAGUAUGGGUAAACUUUUAGAAAGGAACCAAGUAUCUUAGAAGUCCACAUCUCACAGAGAGUCAAUGGGCUAAGGGGCUGGAAUGGACAAAAAACCUGACGAGGAUAAGUUUGGAAAGGUGUGAGAAUGAAUCCAUGGCCACCAUGGAUACCCUGAUGGACAGAGCCAAUAUGGGGCAAACCGUCCCAGUGGGAGUCAUACCAGGUGCCACGAUCCACAACCCACACAGCAAUGCGACAGCUCUACUUACAGGUGCUUCUAGAAAACAGGGCGCUAAAUAAAAGACGAAAUGGAUACUG